AUGGCGUCCGUGACGUGCCUUGCAAAGAACAACUUCGACGAUGAGGUCUUCGUGAUAGGAACCGAAGGAGGAGGAGUUCUUCAAGGAUCCCUCAGUCUAUCGAGGCCGAUAGCGCCCGUAGUCAACGACCACGCUUCGAUAGAACGCACCUACAGCUGCCCCAUCGUGGCACGAUUCCCUCCCCACCGCGGCCACACGCUGGACGUCCACUCGUCUCCCUUCGAGAGGAACGUGUUUGCGUCGGGAGGCAUCGACCGAGAAGUCAAAGUGUACAGCUUGCUACAGUUGGAGCCAGUGCUGACCAUUCAAGUGGCAGAAGCGGCCACGAGGGUCCGCUGGUCCCCCUCGCAGCCGGCAUUGCUGGCAGCGCUUCAGGGCGACGGCCGCCUUGGCUUCUACGAUCUGCGUCGCACAACAUCUCCCGUGGCAGAGUUCCCACCACGCUGUGAAGGUGGCGCCAGCACUAGCCUCGAGUACUGCGCGCACAGCCCAGACCUGCUCUUAGUUGGACGCGGGUCAGGCAACACGGAAGUCUGGCAGCUGGGUUCCAAGCUGGUGGCUGCAGGCGAAGUGAACCAGAGUGACGUCAUCAGGGAUGUGGCCAGUGGCGCCUUCGUUUCCGAGUAGCCCACGCUCCCUGGUAGACAGCCAUCACCCUGUGCACUGGCGAUGUCCAGUGAAAUUCUUUCGCUCGUGAAAGCGAAGCUGGAGCCUGUGCUGCUCUAAUCGGGAUCAACAUUUCACGGAAAGCGUCACGAAUAAAGUACAAAGAAGAUGAUACGUCGCCUUUGCCCCGCGCGGGGCUGGAACAGUUACCCAAAGAAAUGACUGAUGAAUGUAAAAAUAAAGAACAAACUG